UUUUUAAUUCCUAUUUGGACACGAUAACGCCAAGAAGUUGUUUGCUUUGCAAGUUUCGUAAAAAUAUUUUUUCGUUUGUAUUUAAAAAAAAAUUGAAUACAUUUCGUGUUUGAGUUCCUAUUAUUGUUUUUCUAUUUUUUUUAUACUAUUUUACACCUGGAUGAUUCUUAUUGACAAAAAUGGUGAUUGGAUUACAGCCUCUGGAAUUUUCGGACUGUAUCACAGACAGCCCAUAUUUUCGUCAAAAACUGCAUGAUCAUGAAAGAGAAUUGCAGAAAACCAAUCAACAAAUCAAACGUUUAAUAAAGGAACUAAAAGAUUUGCUAAAUGCUGCUAAAAAUCUAUCUCGAGCCCAGCGCAUGGUUUCCAGUUCUCUGCAGCAAUUCGAUUUCGAAUGCAUUGGUACAACGCAGACGGACGACGAGCUGGUGAUCACUCGAUCGUUGGCUGAAUUUGGUCGCCUAAUCUCGUCCAUUGAAGACGAAAGAGAUAGAAUGUUAGCCAGAGCUUACGACCAAUUCAUAAUCCCUUUGGAAAACUUCAGAAAAGAACACAUUGGUGGCGUAAAGGAAGGGAAGAAGAAAUUUGAAAAACAAACUACUAAAUUUUGUCAAAGCCAAGAACGUUAUUUGAAUCUAUCAACUAAAAAACAAGAUUCAGUACUUCAAGAGGCUGAUGCAACAUUAGAAAUGGAACAACGGCAUUUUUGUCAAGCUAGUCUUGAGUAUGUGUUUUUAUUACAAGAAGUUCAAGAAAGGAAGAAAUUUGAAUUUGUUGAAACCAUGUUAGGUUUCAUGUUUAGUUGGUUGACUUUUUAUCAUCAAGGACAUGAAGUCAAUGAAGAUUUCAAACCGUAUAUGCGUGAAUUGCAGUUUAGAAUACAAAAAACUAGAGACAAUUUUAACGAGACUCGUGACAAAACGGAAUCUUUAAUGAGAAAAAUGCUGGAAAUGAGACAGUCGAAAUCUUUGGAAACUAACAUCAAUAAUCAGAAAGUUACAAGAGAAGGAUAUCUAUUUCUUCUAGAAAGAAAGCUUCCAGGGUUUAAAAAUACUGGUCAAGCAACCAAAUGGUUACAAAAUAAAUCAUUAGGAGAUGCACUUAGUACAACUACAUGGACUAAACACUAUUGCAUAUAUCGAAGAGAGACUAAAGAAUUUGAAAUGAUAACUUUUAACCAAAUGAUUGGAAAAUUUAAUACUUCUGAAAAAAUGAUAAUUUCAUCAUGUAUUCGCCGAAUGUCUGAUUCGAUUGACAAACGAUUUUGUUUCGAUCUCACUAGUGAUGAUAGGCCUGGAGUGAUAUAUACAUUUCAAGCAUUGUCCGAAGAAGAUCGUAAACUAUGGAUGGAUGUUAUGGAUGGCAAAGAACCGGAGUAUGGUGUACCCUCUGUACCAGCAUUAAGUAAUGAUAAUAAUAUAUUUUUGGAUGAUGCUGGUUUCAAUUUUGUGAAUAAGUGUAUUCAAACGGUUGAACUGCGAGGUUUAGAUGAACAAGGGUUAUAUCGUGUUGGAGGUGUAAGUUCUAAAAUAACUAAACUGUUGGCGAUGGGUUUGGAUCGUCGAAAAACAACUAAUGGGCUAAACUCGCUAAGCUUUCUCGACGACUGUAUUGAAUGGGAGACUAAAACUAUUACUAGUGCUUUAAAGUUAUAUUUAAGAAAUUUGCCAGAACCGUUAAUGACAUUUAAGCACCAUAAUGCUUUUAUAUCAGCUGCUAAACAAGAAAUAAGAUUGAGACGUAUAAACGAUGUACACAUUCUUUUACACAAAAUUCCAAAACAAAAUUUUAAUAUGUUGGAACUGUUAGUCAAACACUUAUGCAAUGUUGUAACUCAUAGUGAACAGAAUCUCAUGACAGUUAGUAAUAUAGCUGUAUGUUUUGGGCCAACACUCAUGAGACCUGAACGUGAAACAGUUGCAGCUAUAAUGGAUAUUAAAUUUUGUAAUGUAGUGGUUGAAAUAUUAAUUGAGAAUUAUACAAAAGUUUUCAAAAGCGAACCAGAUCUAGAAAUAGAAUAUGAACCCACUCCAGGACCACAACAGCCUAUCUCAUCACAGAAAAUGAAAUAUUCGCCAGUUAUUCCAACAGUUACUCAUGCAAUCAUAAAAUCAUAUUACGAUGGACCAAUGUUAAGUACUAGUUUGCAUAAUGUAGGUGCAAUACCUCCUACUAUUCCGUCACAUUCAAUACCAAUAGCAAAUUCAAACAGGUUGAGUCUCACAUCGUCUUCAAGUGCACUAUCAGAAUCCAAUCUCCAUAAUCUGAAUGCAUACAGUAAACCCUCGACGCAUACUGCAAGUCCAAAUAAAAGUUAUUACUACAAUAUGGACACCAUACAGAAUACAGCUAACACUAGUUCUAGUAGUUCAAACGAAUCUGUUUGUUCAGUAUUUUCUUCAGACAUUCCACAAAUGCAACCGUCCAGGGCACCGCAAAAAACUAAAAGAAGUAUUAAAAUGGGUGUGCAUUAUGCAACAAGUUACAGGCCUCAAGAUACUGUUGGUUCGUACCUGGCGUCAUUAGUUGGUUGUCGCAUUAAUCCUCCGUCACACUUAACAUUAAGAAGAGUUCGUACUCUGUAUGCAUGUCUCGGAGAAAAUGAUGGUGAACUGUCAUUUGAGCCAAACCAAAUAAUUACAAACGUGCGAUCUUCAUGUGAACCAGGCUGGCUAGAGGGUACGCUGAAUGGCAAGACUGGCCUAGUACCAGAAAACUAUGUUGAACUAUUACCAUGAUAGUUUUAACUAGAUAAAAACUUUUUCUUACUUACUAAGAUAAGUGCUUUUUGUUUUUAAUUUAUAUUUGUUAUUGCUUUUUGUUAUAUAAUUGGGCCUAAAGAUCAUUUGUUAAUGCGCACACAAAUAAAAGAAGCAGAGUUACCAAAGAACAUUGCAAUGCAUACUAGUUUCCGUAA